AUGGUUGCUGAUACCGAAAGCCUCCCUUCCUACGAAGCAUUGUCAUACGUCUGGGGCGUCGACCCGCCUACCGUUCCGAUCAUAUGCAAUGACAUACCUAUAACCAUCCGACCUAACCUAUCGCAUGCUCUCAAAAGACUCAGACUCGAGCAGACCCCGCGAGUCUUCUGGGCGGAUGCAUUGUGUAUCAAUCAAGAUGGCAACGAAAAGAAGAACUGUCAAGUUCCUCUCAUGAGUAAAAUCUACUUACGCGCAGAUAAAGUCUGUAUCUGUCCGGGUCAUGGUGAAGAAGAGCUCAUCUCCCAGGUUCUACAUUUUGUGGCCCUUUGCGCAGAAUCCUGCACAGAAUUCGCCCAAAACCACGGUAUCGUUAUGAAAAUAGGAUCAGACCUGAAAAAUAUCGAAGUACCCAUUGCUAUCACCGCUAAACUCACUCCUCCAAUGGAAGCCGGCCUGGAAAAGUUGUAUUCUAGCCCAUGGUUUAGUAGAGUAUGGUGUAUCCAAGAGGUUAUACUAGCGAAGGAUGCGCUAGUCCUAUGGGGCAGACAGGAACUUCCGUGGAAUGAUGUUGGACUUAUAGCAUCUUACUUAUUCGGAAACUUAGCAAGAACUAUAGUCAAGAGAUCGGAGACAAACGAGAGAUUUGGGCGCCUUCGGUCAGUAAGCUAUGCGGCGACCAUAUACAAACUUGAGUAUUUCAAGCACCAUAUCCCUGAGGCUCUGAUGAGAUUUAGAAUUUUUGAGUCGACGGAUCCAAGAGACAAGGUAUACGGUCUUCUUGGUCUUCUUGACUUGAGACCAGGGGGUUUUCAACCAGACUACGGAAAAAGUCCUGGCCAAGUAUUUGCUGAGACUGCUACUCAUAUCGUUCGUUCUAGUAUUGAUUUAAGGUUAUUCUCGAUGGUAGCACACUAUGGAACUUACGACGGAGACGAGGGUUACGCAUCGUGGGCCCCGCGCUGGGACACCCGAGUAUCUGCCAGCGUUUUCCCAUCCCAACCACCGAUCUUCAGCGCCUGCGGCAAACGACGAUUUUGCUUAUCCAACGAGAGAGGUCUAGAAGAAGGGCGACUAUGUUGUACAGGUGUCAUUUACGACAAAGUAAGCGCGGUUGAUGGCUGCUUAGACUGGUAUCGGCCGACCAUAGAAAGCGAAGGUCAUGCCUUUUUAAGAAUGCAAAAGAAAGUGCUAAAAUCAGGAAGAAACAUCCAAUGUUUGGCCCGCACCAUGACGGUUGGCUAUACGCACUCAAGACAUCACAUUGGUGAUGUGGACGAAGAGACUCAAACCAUGUAUUAUAGAGGCUUCAAUGAGCUUACCACCUGGUCGCAGAACCCUGUCGAGACUAUCGAAGAGGAUGUGCUACAUGCAUACCAUGAUGCUGUAUACUCCGCCACACGUAAUCGUCGCAUAUUCUGGACGUUAGGUGGCAGUCACGGCCUUGGCCCCUUGUGCAUGCGGCAGGAUGACAUAGUCGUUGUAUUGUAUGGCUACGAAUAUCCAUUGGUAUUGCGAACGAGAGGCGAUGGGUACCUCAUCCUAGGUGAAGAGUACAUUGAUGAGAUUAUGCGUGGCGAGCUGGUCGAGGAGAUGGAGCAAGGGAGCAAGGUUGUCAGUAAUCAAUAUCUCAUCAAUAUUGUUGUUUGA